AUGACCGACCCACGAACCGGCUCACGGUGGAUCCUGGGCGACAAGUUCGAGCAGAAGUACCCACACCUAGACUCCAUAGAUGCACUCUGGAACAAGAAGUGGAAGUUCCCUUGCGAGAGGAGCUUGUACCCUUUCCACGACGGCAAAUACGAGGACUUCGCACCCAUAUUCGAAACCCUCAUCAAGAAAGGCAUCCAUGACGGCUACAGCGUAGAGUAUACCAAGGAGUUCCUGCCGACCUGCGAAGACCUUGUCAAGCAAGCAGACAAGCUCAAAGAUGACGGGAAGAAGCAGGAGGCCAUCGACAUGUACCUGCGAGCAUGCGCGGUGUACCGGAUCGCAAGGUUCCCAUACAUCAACAGCGAUCUGAAGAGGGAAGCAUACGAUGCGCAGAAGAAGGCGUACAUGAAAGCUGCCUCGCUGUUCGAAUGCCCGAUCGAAGACGUGCACAUCCCUCACACAGCAGGGACGGACAAGGACGAGGGCAAGGAGGUGCCGCUCUACGUCCGUUUUCCAAAGGACGCCUCGAAAUCCAAGCCCUGCCCAGCAGUGAUCCUCAUGUGCGGUCUCGACGGCCACAGACCCGACAACACAGUCCGCUCCAACGAGUUUCUCGAACGCGGCUGGGCGUCCGUCAUCGUCGACAUUCCCGGCACAGCAGACUGCCCCGCCGACCGACGAGACCCUACUUCACCCGACCGCCUCUGGACUAGCAUCCUAGACUGGAUGGAGCAGGACGGCAGAUUCGACAUGAAAAAGAUCCUGUGCUGGGGCUUAUCCGCAGGCGGCCACAACGCCAUCCGCGCCGCCCACACGCACUCGAAACGUCUCGCUGGCGCCGUCGGGCAGGGCGCGGGGACACACCAUUUCUUCAGCCGGGCGUGGUUGGAGAAGGCCAAGGAUCACGAGUACCCCUGGACCGCUCUGCCGGCUCUGCGGGAGAAGUUUGGGUACGUGAGUGAAGACGAGUUCAUGGAUAAGGCGCAGAAGGACUUCUCGUUGGUGGAGACGGGGGUGGUUAAUCAGCCUGCUUGUCGGUUACUGCUGAUUAACGGCACGCACGAUGGGCUGAUGCCGGUUGAGGACUCGAUGCUGAUGAUGGAGUAUGGGACGCCGAAGGAAGCGAGGUUCUUUACUGGGUUGCUGCAUAUGGGAUAUCCGCCGGCUAAUGGAUCCGUGUAUCCCUGGAUGGAACAGGUCAUGGCUACGGCGUCAUGA